AUGCAUCGAUUUCUGAAUAUUAUGAUGGCGAUGGACGUCAAUAAUGGAAUGGGAAUGAAUAAUAAAUUACCAUGGAAAUUGAACGAAGAUGAACGAUGGUUUUUGAGCAUAUCAACAACGACGAAAGAUCCGCUAAAACGAAAUGCUGUAAUUAUUGGUCGAUUGACCUUCGAAUCGUUUUGCAAAUAUUUAACGAAAAAUUUUAUUCAUUGGCAUUUUAUUGUGAUAACCUCGAAUUCUUUAGAAUCGAUCAAAGCGAAUUAUGAGCAAAGUCAUAUCGAUGUUGUUAGAUCGUUUGACGAAGCUGUUCGAAUGGCACGUGGAUUUCUUGACAAUUCAGAGAAGGGUAUUGAAUCCGUGUUUGUAUUUGGAGGUGUCCACCCGUACGAGCAAGCCAUGGCUUCGGGACUAGUUUAUCGUGUCUAUUUAACAAGAAUCUUUGCUGAAUAUCCAUGCGAUACGUAUUGGUCAAGUUUAGAUUUAAGCCAAUUUCGACGAAUUCAACGAUCAAAAAAUGAGAUUCUUGCAGAACUCGAUGAUCAAAUUAUAGGAGAAAAUGGUGUUACUUAUCAAUUUCAAGUUUAUGAAUUUGAUGAGAAACAAUAA